CCAAUCCAAUGAAGAUCCCUCAACCACUCUCUUUACCGAGACUUCAAUCAAACUUACAUUCCAUCACAAAUGUUAACAUUCAACCUUUACCAUUAGCUUCAAUCUUAGAUCAUCAUCUACGUAGACCUGAUCAUCAAGAUCGUGUCUUUGGUACUCUCUUAGGUCUAAGAAAUAUCGAAACGGGUGAAGUAGAAGUUAGAAGUAGUUUUGGUGUACCUUAUGCUGCGAAUGGUAGAGAUGUGGCUGUAGAUUCGGAUCAUCAUCGUACUUUAUUAGAAUUACAUCAUCGAGUUAGUCCAAAGGAAGUAGUAGUAGGAUGGUACGCUACCUCACCCGUCUUAAACUCAUUCUCAUCUCUCAUCCAAGACUUUUAUAACUCGGAAUCUAUCCCAUUACCAGCAAUCCACCUCACAUUAGAUCCAGUGACAUUGACUUUCAAAACUUACAUCUCAUCACCUAUCGGAUUAUCAACCUUACAAACCUUAAACUUAUUAUUCAAACCAGUACCUUCUUCAUUAUCGAUUCCAACAGCCGAACGUACAGCUCUAGAAUUAAUCACUCAACCAAUCUUUCAAGAAAAAUUACCUAAACUAGAACUCGAAUCUACCGCUCAAUCGAUCAUGAACCGAUUAAAAGAACCGAUUCAAACCGAUUUACCAAUGGUUCAUUUAAAGAAUUUGUUGAUCCGAUUGAAAGAGAUGUUAUUGGAAGUGAAUGAGUAUGUGGAAAAGGUGAAUUCGAAUCAAUGUGAACCGAAUCAUCAACUUGGUCAAUUCUUAUUGAACACACUUAAUUCGAUUUCCAUCAAUCAAACCUUAUCGUUUGAAGAUUCAUUUCAAUCUCAUUUGGCUGAUGUUCUUAUGGUUUCGUAUGUUUCUACUUUGGUGAGAGAACAAGUUGAGAUUUCGUCUAGAUUGAAUUUACUUGUUUCUCAAUAAAUAAAUCAUCAAACUUGAACUCAUUUAUAUUCAAAUCAAAGAAAAAUCCAACGAUAAAAACCAAUGUUGGAGAUGUUAUACUUUUUAGACAAAAUGGAAUUGAAAUUUGAUGAAUUUCAAAAUAAACUUGAUAAACCUAAACAAAAAGAGAAAGAAAUUGGUUUCAUUGAAAGAAAAUUAAAAUGAAUUGAAAUAUAGAUCUAUUUCAUUGGAAUUCAAAAAGUUUUCUUGGUUCUUUUUUACGAUGAUGAUGAAUUUCCUUUUUCAACAUUCUAAAAGUUUUUUUUUGGUUCGCUACCAAAAGAAAACCAAAAUUGAUCUGUGAUUAUGAAUUCAAGAGUUGAUAUCAAUUUUGAAUUUCUUG